AUGCCAUCCCAAUCCGCCUCUAUAAAAUCCUACUUCUCUCCACUACCUUCACCCGCCCGAUCAUCUCAGGCCGAUAGCAACACCGACAACUCUCGCGCAGAACCAGCAUCUCAGCCCAAUCCGACGCAACAUGAUCAACAACGUGAAGCCGGUCUCAGCCUCGCCAACACCGCCACCGCCUUCAUCCCGGGAGACGGAUUCACAUCUACUGAAAUGACCACCAACGCGUCGUCUACGGGCAACGGAACACAGCUGCCACCACUCACCGGUCCUUUCACCCCACCUCACGGCGUCCCGUACAAAGAAGUGAUGUCGAUCAAGCACCUGACAUCCACUUCGAUGGGUGAAGGCGUGCGCUUUACGGGUCGGGUGCUCAACGUGUACAGUCCAUCAAUGGAGACGACGACGGCAACGACCGCGUUGAGAAGGGCACCAAAGGGCGCGGUUGGGUACGUGAAGUGCACAGUGGGUGAUGGUGAGGGUGUCAUUGUGGUUCGCGUCUGGCACAUGAACCAUAAUGCCUCUUACCCGCUACUGCGUCUGGGCAGCUUAAUCACCGUCUGGACGACGCACAUCACCCCUUUCGUCGCCACGGAGAAUGAGAGCGCUGGCUCCUUCUCCGCGUCUUCGCCCUCGUCGAUGCUGCGGCUGUAUACCAGCGUUUUUCCGGAGCGAGAGCGCGGGAGCCACGUACAAAUCCAUGCGGAUGGCGAUGCUGAGAAUGGGACGAGGUGUCGUAAGCCCCUCUCAACUGGCAGCAGUGGUGUUGAUGGAGUGGACAUGGGGAAGGAGUUGAUGACGCUGGCCGCAUUUGCGAGCGGUGGAUACAAGGCGGCGGACGCAAAGGUGCUGGUAUGCGUGAAGAGCGUAGGAGUAAAGAAGAAAGUCACCCGCAAGGACGGCACGACGGCCGAAACGGCGACCGUCCACCUUCUCGACCACACCACCGCCUCCAUCUCCGCCUCUCUAAACCUCUGGGGCGCUGCCUCCGCCUCGGCCGCGACGUGGAUUCCGCACAAAACCAUCCUCCUCCUCACGCGUCCGGGCUACCGCGUCUCGAAAUCUACGAGCAACGCCAACAGCGCCACCACCAGCAAUAACAAAAACAGCGGAAACGCACCUUUGUCUCUCCUUUCACCACCUUCGGACGGCCCGAGCUACAUCUGGCUCUCCCUCACCGCCAACACGCUCGUCGAGAUCGACCCAGCGCCGCUGCGCGACGCAACCUGGCUACGCGGCUACGCGCAGCGCUUGCUCAAGAAGCGGCCUCUUCCCCCGUCCUCGUCAUAUGCAUCCCCUUCUUCUCCGUCCUCCUCCACACGCUUCCAGACAUCGCCCGAUGGCGCCUCUCCACACCCGUUUCCUCCCCUCGCCGCCAUCGAAGCCGCGGAUCAGCGCAUCCUAUACACCCUCGCCGACAUCGACGAGUUCGCGCGGAAGGCUGUUGCCGAGCGGGUGACGAAGAACGGGGGCGGUGGCGCAAGAGCGCAGCAACAGCCUCCGCCGCCGGAGCCCUUGCAGCUCGUCGGCUUCGCGAGCGUCGUCCUGACCGAGGUGAACCUGGUCAAGCUGUUCCGGCGCGGCGCACUGGCGUGCGGGCGGUGCGCGAAGUGCGGCGGCGCGGUGUACGCGAACGAUGUUGUGGGGAGGUGUGGGUGGUGUUGCUCGGACGAUGACGCUGCUGGUAUUGCUGGUGGCAACCGUGAUGGUGGUGAGGUAGAGGAGGAAACUGACGGCGCUGCUGCUGCUGAUCCUGCCGCCGUGCCGCUGGAGCUCAACCCGCAGGUCCUCGGACCGGUCCUGGAUGAGACUGGCAUGGUGGCGACAGGUAGGCUGGCCAUGAGUACGCAGGCGUGGGAGCAGCUGUUUGGCCGGGGCAUGGCGGAGCUGGUUGGCGAACAGGAUGUCGAGGCUCUGAGGGCGCUGGAGGCGCGGAUAGCCUGGGUCAGGGUGUCUCUGGUGGUCGGGUGGAUGGAGGGAUGGGGAGUGGGCGGGGCGGAUGAGGGUGGAUGGGAGGGCGUGGGAAGACUGUUCGUCUUGGGCGUGAGGGAGUAG